CACGGAAACGUGCCGCAGUGUAGCAAACUGACCUGCGUGUCAACUGCAAAUGUUAGCUCUUAAAAGUAAAAGCAAAGUUUGUUAUUCACAUAAUGGGGUCUCUUGAAAAAACCCAACAAAACAACCUGACUAUAAGAAUAGCUGUAAACCGAGGAAAUAACCUGCAAGGAAAAAAGGGAGACAGCUUCCAGAGUUUGGUGCAGGUUGAAUUUGAUGGGACAGUGCUGGGAGAGUCGGAUGAGAAGCAGAGUAACCCUACGCAGCUCUCUGUUGACUACAAGUUUGUCUGCCUCUUCCACCGUCCGAGCGACGCUCACGCUCUUAGUGACAUUGCCCAAAAACCGAUCGUAUUGACAGUGAUAGAGGUCCUGCCCAAGGAGGAGAAAGAUGAAGCAAGAAAAGCAGCUCUGGGCCAAGCUGUUGUUGACCUCCUACCACUGUUACAAGGUCAGUGCAGCUUCUCAUCCAUAGUCCCGGUCAAUCCAGUGCCCAGCCCCCUGGCCAGAAGUUCUCCCCAGGACACCGUCCACAAGACGCCUACCCUCGAUGUGAAUGUCAGUGUGUCGGAUCCAGUGGUGUCCGAGGCUGAGCUCUCAGCCUCCAACCUACUGAAGGUAACUUUGGAGGCAGCCUACUCUGUCCCAGAGUCAUGGAUGCUGCCAUCUGGCCCGUCUUCCACUACCUUCACUUACGCUGCAGCCCUGGAGGUCCCUCUUACUGCAGAUCAAGACCAGGUGCUGAUGUUCUCAGAAGGGCAGCUGAAGGCAGGGGGGCAGAGAGAAGAUACGGAGCGACAAAAGAAGAGGCUCCAUAGGGACACCCUAGUGCCUGAAGCCUUUUUCAAGCCAGAGCAAAUAGAUCAGGAGGAUGGUGAGCUGACUGCUUUAGAGGACCGGGUGUUUCGCGAUGAGGCAGAGACCAUGAAGAACAGAGUGAGCUGGGACACUGAGAUGUGUUGCUUUCUAGAUGCAGGAGGAACUACCAGGCUGAGGCAAAGGAUCGCUGAGAGCAGACUGUGGCCAGUGGAGAUAAUGAGGUCAUUGGUGCCACUGUCAAAGCUAGGUGAUGACGACCCAGACAUCCCUUUCCAUGGUGUGGCAUUUGUAGACUUGGGGCACCUGCUGUUUCCUGGAGUCAAGCGCAUCCGAGGAGCAUACAGUGUUCAGCCUUUCUCUGAGGAUGAGUUGCUGAAUAAGGCCAAGCGGAGCGUCAGUGUGUUAAAGGAGAAGGCUAAGGCGGCUGCCAGCCAGGCCAAAGCUCUUACCAGUGCUAGCAAAGCAGGAAAGAACAUGAAUGUAAGCAACAAGGGACCCACAGAUUCCAAGGAGCUAACCAAAAAGAUGUAUUUGGAGGCCAGAACCUAUAUUGUCAUUGAGAUAGCCUUGAAGAAACCACUGGUACCAAAAACAUCAUCAGAGGAGCUGGCCCGGAGGGUGAAGGCAUUGAUCCCUCCCAAACCUAAACCCCCACCUGGUCCUAGCAGAGCAGAAAGAGUGGUGCUGGACUUCCACAGGCAGGUAGCCAACAUAGUGUCCAGUGUUUCAGAGCAGUAUGAGGAACUAUUUGGAGCAAGUUCCAAAGUGCCACAAGACUACAACUGGGAGAAAAUGAAGAUUCAGCUGACAGGCGCACUCAAUGACUCUGGGAGAUACUUUGUCUUCAAAGAACAAAUGAAGCAUGCAGUGGUGAGGAUUGUACGUGACAAGAUGCAGCGGACAGAGCCAUUCACUGACCCUCAAGAGCUGAAGGUAUUUGUCAGCAAACUCUAUGUCUACCUGGUGGAUGAGACGCACAUAGCUCUCAGCAAGAUUUAUUCUCCAGAUGUUAUUGAAGACUUCCCAAAUGAAGUCCAAUUAAAUUGUUCUCAGCUCUCACAUUUUGCCAGAGAGGCGCAGCUUACUGGGAAUUAUCAGCAGGCUGCUCAGUACUAUAAAGAGCUAGUGGUGAGACACCCAAAUGAGCCCACCCACAAGUUUGAGUGGGGGGGCCUGUACAUGCUGACCGGAGACUACACAAAAGCAAACGAGUGUUACCAUGAUGCUGUGUCCAUCCAGCAAGUGCACCAACCCAGCUUAAUGAUGUGUGGAGUCUUGGCAGUGAAGUUUGAGCAUUACAGCGAUGCCCAGACCUUCCUCGAGCGAGCCACCAGCAUAGACCCGCCCAGUGUGGUGGCCUGGACGCUGCUGGGUUUGCUCCAUGUGAGCCAGAAUGACUCUAUCCAGGCUGAGAGGGCUUUUCUGGAGGCCAGAAAGCUGCUGAAAACAGAAGAAGCAAAGAAGGAGGAGAAAGACCAGGAGGAGAAACACGAGGAGGAGGAGAACAAGCAGGAGGAAGAUGAAACAGCCACCUCUUCCAGAUCUAAGCAAGAACCUGUUGACCAGGAUUCAGAGAUGCACAAAGAAGAGCCUCCAGCACAGAGUGUCAGCUCCAGAUCAGCUACAGUUAAACUCUCUUCUACUAUUUACACACAGGCGGCCCAGUUCCUGCUGCAGAACAAUGCCCUGCAGAUGGCAGAAUUCGCUCUGUCCCAGAAGCUGCUGUGCUCAGAUGACGGUCGCAGCACCUCCCGCUCCCUUCAUCUGGCCCAGUUGCAGCUGCUCAAAGCUGACUACUGCAGUGCUGCUGCCAGCCUCAAGGAGGCACUGUUACACAUAGAUCAGGAUCCAGAUGUGUGGGCUUGGAGUGGUCACUGCCACUAUCUACAAGGGGAGUUCCAUGAGGCCCAGGAGAGCUACGAGUGGAGCUUCAAAUUCCAGCAGAAGCCAUCAGACACACACAUUGUCUUACUCCGCCUGGGAUCCAUCUACCUUAUGCAGGAGAAGUUUGAGCAAGCCAAAGUUGUCUACCUGCAGGCCUGUGAACAGUCUCCAUCUUGCCUGACCUGGCUGGGCCUGGGCCGUGCCUGUUACCGGCUGGAGGAGUUUUGUACAGCUGAGGAAGCUUUGACUGAGGCCAACCAUUUGGAUAACCAGAAUGCAGAAGUGUGGGCUUACCUGUCUCUCAUUUGCCUCAAGUCUGGCAAAAAGGAGGAAGCAGAGAAGUUUUACAAAUACGCAGUACGGUUUAACCUGCAGAAGGAGUCACUCCACAAAGAGUUUAACGAGUUGAAGGAUCAGCUCCGCUUCCAUCACCUGGAGUCAUGCUUUGAAAAAAAGCACUGAAGCAAAGGUUUAACUCAUAUGACCAAACAUGUGCUCACAGUAUUUUAAACAACAUU